UUCUUCUUAAAGCCGCUUUCUAAUACAAAAGUUAAAAUAUUUGUAGUAGAAAGCUGCUUUAAGAAAUAGUAAGAGAGUCCUCCCAAAUAAAGCCUUAGCUACAAUAUCUCUCUUGCAUGUUGACGACAUUCAUACUAAAUAUUUCUAAAUAUUUAUUUAAAAUUAGCAGUAUAUUAAAGAUACUCCUUGAAAACAGUCAAGCUUUCAAUGAAUAGCUUGCUGUCAUAACAACUUCAUUUAGAGGAGAAGAGGAUCGCUUUAAAAGUCAUACAUAUGAAAGCUAGGUGCCCUAGGAGUAGGCUCACUGAGUGAAAAUAAAAGUUGUAGCUAAUAUGAAGAUUUCAUACUUCUUUAUGUAACUGUAGGCAGUCUUGCAGGAACUCCUUUGCAUCAUGCUGCAAAAAGAGGCCUUGAUGGUACUGUUAUUCUACUUUUUUCUCAUUGAGGUAUAUCUUUUUAAACGAUUUGAAUGUAAAACCUUUAUAAUUCGAUGCAUAAUGAAAUGCAAAUUUUUUUUGAUGUUUCAACAAAUCCUUUAGUGAUGAACGAUGAUUGCCAAACCCCUCUUGAUUUGGCCAGAGUCGAAGGAAAUUCCAAUGUUGUCCGUGCUAUUCAGAAUCGUAUCUGUUUAUUUGUUGGUUGGCUAAGGGAGAUUCAUGGGCCAAGCAUUUUGGAAGCUUUUUCUCCUCAAUAUGUGUCAAAGAAAAUUUGGGCUGUUGUUGUACCCUGUGAUUCUCGUAAUCCCACAAAUCCAAGGAAGUUUGAGCUAGCUAUAUAUCCUGAUCUGCAGGUAUAUCAAAGACUAAAAAUAAAUUAAAGAAGGUGCCGCAGCACUUCUUCAUUUAAGAACAUGAAUAUGGUGACUAGAAAAGUGGAUCUUAGAGAAGCAAGUGGAUGUUGCCUGCAUUCCAUGUGGUCAUAUGGAUGGAUGCAUGUCUUGGCUAAAAAAGAUGAAAGAGAAGAAAGGGGACUUUCCACUUUGUCGUGCCAAGAUCGAUCAGGUUCUGAGGCUUUAUGUUAUUUUACUUGAUGAUUCUAUCUUUGAUCAAUUACUCUCUGGUCUACUGUGAUUAUUGAUGGUUGUAGUAGAUGCUGUUCUUUUUAUGUACAUGAAUUUAAAUUUUGUCACAAAAUUGAAUAGGCUUCAACAUGAGAUCUACAACUAAGGGAUUAAUUCCAAAGUGUAUUUUGUUCGCGUGCUUAUUAUUCUUGUUGCAAAUCAAAUGUGGAUGCUAGUUCAUUUCAUAAAAUGCGUGAUAAUAAAUUUAUAGUCUUUUAU